AUGCGCCAGUGCCUAACCAACCCGGACGGAGGGUACUACACUACAAGUCGUCCAUCCGCGGAAGAUGCAGACCAGUUUGGCGCAGCCGGCGACUUUAUUACCUCUCCCGAGAUAUCUCAAGUCUUUGGCGAACUCGUCGGAAUAUGGUUUAUGACGGAAUGGAUGGCGCAAGGGCGCCCGUCCCAGGGUGUGCAGUUCAUUGAGAUGGGACCUGGUCGCGGGACACUUAUGAGUGACAUUUUGCGCACGAUCGGACAGUUCAAGACAUUCGCAAAAGCUAUAUCGGCAGUGUGGCUGGUAGAAGCCGGAGAGGGACUGCGGAGGAAACAAAAAGACCUCCUCUGCGGUGAAGACGCGGACAUGAGGGAGGUUGCCGAUGAAACGGGAAAGAAUGUCUGGUGGGAAGCCACCAGCACUCAGGGAAUACCCGUCAGGUGGGUGGAAGACAUUGUACUGCUGCCGCACCAAAGUCACGGCGAGGGUGAUGGGAUGCCCUUCAUCAUCGCCCAUGAGUUCUUCGACGCUCUCCCUAUCCACGCCUUUGAGUCUGUCGCCCCCAACCCCGAAGAGACACGACAGGAAGAUGCCAGGUCCCAGCUUCUCACCGAAAGUGGCCAACCGGUCGCGAAACCCAGCAUAGCCAGUAAGCUCCCACAAUGGCGAGAACUACUCGUUGCGCCGACGACACCGAAGCUUACGGCGCUUCUCGCCUCCGAAACCGAGACUUCAUCAAGUCACAAGGAACCUGAGCCGGACUUCCAACUCACCCUGGCAAAGGCGAGCACUCCUUCGUCACUCGUCAUCCCCGAACGACCUCGCUAUCGAUCGCUCAAAUCUCAAGUGGCUUCGCGAAUCGAGGUAUCACCAGAGAGCGCUCGAUAUAUACAAGACUUCGCCCGCCGCAUUGGCGGCAGCGCGGUCCCUUCCGCCAUCUCCAAGGGUAAAUCCAAGCAUGCUCAGGCAGAAGUGCCGCCACGAAGACCCGCCGGGGCAGCACUAGUGAUCGACUACGGGCCCCUGGACACGGUGCCGGUCAACUCGCUGCGCGCGAUUCGCAAACACAAGAUCAUCUCCCCUUUCGUCUACGCCGGCGACGCCGAUAUCAGUGCGGACGUGGACUUUGGCGCUCUUGCAGAUGCGGCUUUAGAAGCCAGUCCGGGCGUGGAAGUUCAUGGGCCGGUCGAGCAAGGGGCGUGGUUGAUGCAGUUGGGGAUCAAGGAGAGGGCAGAGAGGCUUCUGAGAGAGUUGGACCGGAACCCGGACACGGGUGAGGAGGCGGAGAAAAGAAGGCAGGAGGCUGACAUGGGGUGGAGGAGACUGGUCGAAGGCGGACCCAAGGGCAUGGGCAAGGCGUACAAAGUCAUGACGAUCCUGCCCGAGAACGGCGGGAGAAGGAGACCUGUCGGCUUUGGAGGGGAUGUAAUUGCUGGAUGA